AUGGGUCGAUUCGACAAUCGUGCGGUGAUUGUAACUGGUUCGUCCAAUGGAAUCGGUCGUGCUACCGCUGUGAUGUUUGCUAAAGAAGGAGCGAUGGUGACAAUUUGCGGACGUGAUGAGAAGACACUGAAUGAAACGAAAUCGAUGGUACUGGCCGUGAACGGUGGCGACGAGAAGAAGGUUUUCGUUGCCCGUGGUGACAUCUGCGACGAAAAGGUGAUGAAGGAAAUCGUCGAUGGAACCGUCAAGGCGUUCGGUCGAUUGGAUGUCCUGGUGAACAACGCUGCAUCCUGCGCCUGUGUCAGCUGGCCUUUCCACAUUUGGCGGAAAGUCCAAGGCGAAAUAGUGAACGUGAGCAGUAUUGCUGGUCAGCCAAACGGCUCGUCAAUAGCAUCUCCAUACUACAGUAUCGCCAAAGCGGCGCAGGAUCAACUAACCCGCAAUCUCGCCAUUUACUACAUGCAGAAAAAUGUUCGAGUAAACGCAGUAAGCCCAGGACUGGUCUCCACAAACAUCAUAGAAAGAAAAGGAAUCCCAGCUGAAGUUGUGAGAAAGGUAGAGCAAGAGAUCUCUUCGUCGCCUUCACGUGUCCCAUCGGGCCGUGCUGGAGCUCCCGAUGAGAUAGCCGAGGCAAUUCUCUUCCUGGCUGAUAGGCAAAAGUCGGCUUACAUAGUUGGCCACCAGCUUGUGAUCGACGGUGGAUCAUCUCUGUUGAUGGGGGCAAUGACCGAUGGACUCAAAGUCUUCACUGAAGUGCUCGCUGGCCUCAUUUUGAAGUUAUUGUAUAUGUUGGCAACACGAGCCUUAUUUUCCGCGAGGAAAUAA